AGACCCAAGGGCCCAAGGCAGGGGUCAUGCAUAAGUGUUUUUAUUUCACUUUUCAAACAUUCCUUAAAAUAGCCACUGCAUGGCACACAUAAUAAGAUAUAAAUAGGACAGUACCCGGAGGCGAUAAAACAGCUGUUGUAUCAUCUGCGGGAAACAUCCGCUCGACUGUUAUCUUUCAUUUUAUAAAAAAAACAACUGUACAUCUGCCAGCAAUACACCGCGUAACCCAAAACACUUGGUAUUUACAUAACUUUUCUUUUUUUUAAAGAAAAACAACUGAACCUACUUUUUCUCCAGUCAAAUGAAGCAAUUAUUGAUUUUUCAUUUUAUUACGAAAAAGAUAAAAUGAUAAGAACAUAUAGAGAAACAUAAGUGUGAGAAAGAAAAUAAGAACAAAAACAAUCUGCCUAUUUGAUGGCCAUAGUUCCUGACCCUGAAUCCAGACAGACCGAGGGUUAUCGUGUCCAGAAAUGCGAGUCAGCUACCAACUCUAGUUUCCCCUCCCUCUCACCUUUUAAUAAUUCACAAGUAACAACACAAGCCACCAGACCCUCCGCAGUACAUUGAACUCUCACCCUCUUCUCCCCUCCCUCUUUUCCCCACUUUACAUCGCACCCCUGUGACCCCCCCUUUCCCUCCCUAUUGUCCACCUCCCCCCUCCCCGGCUCGCACAACUGUUUGUUUACGUUCGCGGAAAUCGUUCGUAUACGCGCAUUCGUCUGUGAGAGGAUUCGGCAGAUCGAGCGACGGACUAGCGCUCUGACGCGACAAGGACUAACACAGCCCGGGGAGAGACGCUGAAGCCACGUGCACUUUACUGUGUUUUGAUGGACCGUAAAAUCUCAUGGCAUCAAGCAAGACCCCGCGGCGGAACCUCGCCUUUCCGGGCCGUAGCCGCGCUGAGUCAUCGAGCCCAGACGGCCAAGAGAGAGGCAGACGAAGCGCGGGUGCCAUGACACACGCCACGUGGGGAACGGCAAGCGAGAGGCUAUGAACAGCCGCCAGAUGAUCGAACUCACUGAAUGUCUUCUGUAAAUUUCCCGAAUAAAGAGUCUUAGCAAGAAUAUAGAGGGUUUACGAGUACCUCUGAAGGCGGAGAGCCAGAAGUCUUCCUUGCACGUGUCUUCCAAAGGACUCCAACAUGACCUCCCUCCUCGGGCGCCCCGGCGAUAGGCGAUCCCGGGUGUCUUCGCGCCUGAUGGAGAAGUACGAGAAGCUGAGCAAGAUCGGAGAGGGCUCGUACGGCGUCGUCUACAAGUGCCGCAACCGAGAGACGGGGCAGCUGGUCGCCAUCAAGAAGUUCGUCGAGUCUGAGGACGACCCCCUCAUCAAGAAGAUCGCUCUCAGGGAGAUACGCAUGCUCAAGCAACUGAAGCAUCCCAACCUCAUCAAUCUCAUCGAGGUGUUCAGGAGGAAGAGGAAACUCCACCUCGUCUUUGAAUUCUGCGACCACACCGUCCUCAACGAGCUGGAGAAACACCCCAAAGGUAUCUUCUUAACGCCCCCUCCCCCCUCCCCCAUCCCCCCCAUCCCCACAGGUCCGGGCGAGAACUACACCGACUACGUGGCGACCCGCUGGUACCGCGCCCCCGAGCUCCUGGUGGGGGACACGCAGUACGGGCCGCCGGUGGACGUGUGGGCCAUCGGCUGCGUCAUGGCGGAGCUCGUGCGGGGGGAGGCGCUCUGGCCGGGGAAGUCGGAUGUCGAUCAGCUGUACCUCAUCAGGAAGACUCUAGGCGAUCUGCUCCCACAACACAUGCAGAUUUUUCGGAACAAUGAGUUUUUCCGCGGCAUGAGUGUGCCCGAACCGGAUACCAGGGAGUCCAUCGAUGCCAAGAUGCCCCGAGACUACCCGCCUGAAGGACUCGACUUUAUUAAGCUAAGCCUUGACCGAAGGCGGACGGCCAUCGACGCCGAACUCACGCACUGUUCCUUCCAGAACUCGAGCGUGUCGGGCUCCAUGCUGUUCCCGCAGUUGGCCGGCAGCACGCCCGCGGGCGGCGGCUCGCUGUCGACGGCGUCGUCGCCCGACAUGCGCCACCCGCACAACAGAGGCUCGCGCAACUUCGACCAUCUGCCUACCAUCUGACAGAAUGGCCUCGGGCUCUACCAGCCUCCAGCCCUGCCGCCCAACGUGGUGCCAACGGCCACGCCCCCGCUGGACCCCAAGGCUCCGAACGGCGUGGGCGUGCGGGGGAUCCCGAGGGCCGCAGCCUUCAGCCCGCCCAUGACGCUAGGGGCGCGCCAGCCCCCGCCCGUGCUGGACACUGCAGACCUGUACGCCAUCCUGUACCGCAAAUACAAUUCAUCUUAGGUUUUGAGUGUGUUAAAUAAAAAUAUAUACAUAUCUAUACAUAACUUGACCAAACGAACCUCUGAAGUAGCUUUAACCAAUCACACGUCUGACGAAGCGACGGCGCCGCGCCUCAGGGCUGGGGAGGCGCGCCUGCCUCGGCCCGGAGCGGCGCCCCGCAGCCCGGGAGAGCACGAGUGUCGAGGACUGAGCAACUGGAAGACCCGAGGACUGGCCUGACUCGCUGCCUAAUGUCGCUUGCAUUAGGGAACCUGUUUGAGUUGACGCCAACGCUUUCCUUUGGACUCUGUGGAGGUUCUCCGUUUUUAGCGUCCUUAUGAAAUAGAUUUGCCUGUUUAACUGCAGCGAUGUACCUUUAGGUGAUCACAAUUAGUUAGUGAUAAGGUGAGAUUUUAUUAGAUGUUUUAUUCCAAAAAGGGAGAGACAAAAAGGGAAAUGAUGUAAUUCAUGUACAUAAGAAAAUGACCGUCCAAGUCUGUGAUCUGAGAGCUCUACCGCUUCUCAUAGUCUAGGAAAUUGCCUGUAUUAACCUUUUCUUUUCUUUUCCUCCAGUGUGUAUGUGGAUAGACAUCAAAACAUGCCACA